AUGUUAGAUACUGAUUUUUCAUGUUUAUCAUCAGACAACAAUAAUUUAGUUUUGGAUUUAAUAAACCAAAUUCAAUCGUUGAAUAAAAAUUUAGAAGACAAAGAACGAGAAAAUCAAAUAUUAAAAGACGAAGUAAUGAUUUUUCAAAAUGAAAUUCGAGAAUUACAAGAAAAAAACCAACAAUUUGAAAUUGAUAAUCAAAGAUUAUGUUAUGAAAUGGAUGGAAUUCAGAUUGAAAAUAGACAAAACAAUAAUCGACGGGUAAUACUUCAAUUUUACAUACUUACCGACUAA